GGAGAACUGCCGCGCCGCAACGGGAUGACUGGGACGAGGUUGUCCUCGGUGGUGUUCCUCGCCCUCGUUUCCCUGUCGCCGUGUCUGGCGCAGAGGCUCGAGGACGACAAGGACGAUUUCACGGAAACGAACGAGGAGGCGACCGGCCUGUUGGAAAGUCCCUCGCGGCGACCAAGAGCUCUCGCUUUCCCCAAAAACUCCCAGCUUCUGCUGAUCCUGGGACUGGGAACGCCGUUGCAACUGGACUUCGAGAGCAUAAUCAUCGGUGUCUUCACCAAGAUCGUAUACAACUUGCCAUCGAACGCGACAGACUUCACCGUUCCGGGGGUCUAUUAUUCUCGAGCGCAGAAGAGCAGAUGGAGCGUUUACAAAGCAUUGGAAAAGGCGGCUGGCCUGUACGGAUUCGGUGGGAAGGCCUGCCUAUUGAAGGCCAUUUGCGAAGCUGCCUCCGCUCCUUUCGAUGGUACUCACGGUUUGUUGGGACAGCUGUUGCACGUCUUCUUCAGGCCUUCGAGCACCGAGGAGCGGUACGACGAGUACGGGGAUCGAGAGUACAGCGCGGCAGAGCGUUUGGGCGAGCAGAUGUCGGCGGAAAACUGCCACGCCCUUUAUCCAGAAUGCCCGAGAAGUAUGCUUGACGUAUUCUCCACGGUGAUCACGUAAAAUCUACUCUGGACGAGGAAGAUAUUCCGUUGGAAACCGAACUCGAAUUCGAAUUUUUCUUGGAUGAAGACGAUCCUUUCUAAUCUGUGUGCGAUCGAAAUCGAUUACGCGAGAAAAAAGAUCUUUUAAGUUAAUAACACUUACAAUCAUAAUUGAUCACUCUUUAUAUAACCUCACAAUCAUUGGAUCGUUCGGAAAGUAAUUUCGUUUUUUCACACGAGUGUCGCUACGUGUCGAACACGGUUUAUCCAGCCAACUUCAUUCUAAACCGUGUUAUUAUUAUAUAUUUUGAGAGUUGAAAAUUCGUUGGUUUUGUAAGAAAAAUUCGUUUGAUUCUGCGCAGUUGUGUUUUUUCGUGCGUGAUGACAAAAGUGCAAGAUCAAAAGGAGCAUUUUUGGCAUAUUUUAUUAUCGAAAAGGCACGGUUGGGAGGACGGGAGAGAGUGCCUUCUGAAGACCAUCUGCGAACUCGCGGAGACACCGUUUGCAAGGACGCGUCGUGACGUCCUCGAGGAGGUGAUCCACUUAAUUUUAACUACAGGGUGAACUUCAAGAUCUCGAUGUUCCCUUACACGACCAUCUUCUCGCACGCGGCUGGUUUCAAGCUGGUGUGGCUACUUCCAAGCGGGUCCGAGGUUACCAGGCUCGUCAGGUCCGUCGACGACGUUCACCAGGCCGCCGAGAUCGUAUACGAGAGCCUAGGAAAUUGCCCCUGCCCUGGAAUAUCGAGAAGGGGUGGAUUUCUGGCCAAAGGUUUCCGCAGGAUCAACCAAUGCCGCAUC